AUGUCUUCGGGACUCAUCGCCGUCAAGGACAUCGUGCCCCUCUCUGUCCUCUACCGCCGCAAAGAGCUAAGACCGUCUUCAAAUGAAAAUCUACCCACUCCCAACCAACAACACAACGACAAGAUUUGUUCUAUUCAAGCUGACAUUACCAAGCUUCAAGUCGACGCUAUUGUCAAUGCUGCCAACCGCGGUCUCCGUGGAGGUGGCGGUGUCGAUGGGGCAAUUCAGAGAGCAGCAGGUCCCAAGCUUCUAGAAGAAUGUGCCACUUUGGGUGGAUGUGAAACUGGUUCGGCCAAAAUCACAGACGCUUACAGUCUUCCUUGCAAGAAAGUCAUUCAUGCUGUUGGCCCCAUCUUCGAUAAUAUCAGCCAAUCUGAGCCUCUUCUUCGGAGCUGCUAUCAAAAAUCACUCAAUCUCGCCGUGGAGAAUGAUUGUAAGACCAUUGCAUUCCCUGCCAUUUCUACCGGUGUCUAUGGUUAUCCCAGCACCGAUGCCGCUCGUGCUGCCAUUCGAGAAGUAUACGCCUUCUUGGAGAGGCCAGAAGGCCAGAAGUUGGACAAGGUCAUUUUCUGCAACUUCUUGGACAAGGAUGUGAAGGCAUAUGCUGAAGUGUUGCCGUAUGUAUCCCCGAAACUUCUUCCACUUAACUCAUUCCAGACUUUUAUUGACUCCAAGCUAUCUAGCAAUCACUUUCCCCCCACAGAGGACGACUUUUCCGACGAGAGUGAUGCCCCGCGAGAACAAUUUGCCUACCAACCAUCAGACCGGCCCGAGGGCAGUCUUGGAACAAGUUGA